GCCGCAAGUCAUCUACUCUAGAAUCUAGAAAAGCUUCUCCCAAAAUAUCUCCAACCUUCCAAGGACACAAAACCCAUUUCUCUUCAAAAAGAAAAAGAAUCUUUCGAUCAAGGAAAAAAAAAAUACUGAGCUUCCAUCUCAACUAUGAACCAUGAAUCCACAACCAUCAAUUCACAGUUCACUCCCAGACGACAUCGCCCUCAAAAUAGCUUCAUCUCUCGAGGUACGAGGAGUGUGUUCCUUGGGUAGUUGUUCGAGGUUUUGGAGGCAGCUAUGUGGGUCUGAUUGUGUGUGGGAGCCUCUGUGUAGAGACAGAUGGCCCGGUCUUGCUUUAGAUCAACAAGCUUCUUCUACUUCUUAUGGAUAUCCCGCUGAUCUUGAUCAUAAUUUACAGGGAUGGAGGGGUUUUUAUAUCAAGAAGCACAAUGAGAUGGCUGAAAAAGCAGCAGGUGUAGUGAACUUCGUAGAGCGUUGUUUGGCAUUUGAAUCAAUUGAGGUUGGUCACUACUUGAAAGCAAUUAAGGGUCUAAACACAAUGGAAUUUGGAUUUAAAGAUAUCCAAUUGUUCUUUCUCAAGCCGGAUCUCAAUGUGCUGCUCAACUUGGUUGGCUUGCACUACUGCAUAGCAUUGCUUGACACACCGGCUGAGUAUCUUAUGGAAGUGCUGCGUAGCUGCAACAUUUCAGACAGGCAAGUACACGUGCAAUGGUGGAAGCUUGGAAGGUGGUUUUAUGGCUUUCGCAUGCGGGAUGAAUUGCACGCACGUAAUAUCUCCCUAGGGGAUCUUGUGACUUGUAAAGAUAAAGAAGUUCUAGGGGUGCUUCGUCGGGGUGCUGUUUAUGAAGUGUUACGGAUCCAGAUAUCUCCUGCAAAAUCUGAAACCCAAAGGCAGGAUUCAAGAUGAGAAUGACUAGACUUUUCAUGGCAUAUGUACAUUCUUUCAACUCCAUGUUCUUAUUUCCUAUUUGUGAAUAAACUAUGCACCAUGUAUCUCGGUUAUUGGGAGGAGAGUGUUUUGGUAAUGGUUUGCUGUAACCUGAAAUCUCCUGUCUUCUAAGACAUGUAUUGCUGUGAAUUCAUAUUGAAGCAUAUCAAUCAGGUGUUUAUGUUAGUUAACAUACAGGUACAAAUUCAUAAACAAUGUGUGACCUCAGUGGUUGAGAGUUUAUAUAUUUGAGGCUUACCUGUCAUACCU